AUGAGAACGACACGGAGUGCGGCUAAAGCCGCUAGCGAAAAGGUCCAUUGCAAACAGGAGCGGAAAUAUAUUCGUCAGCUGAAGAAGAAACCACAAAAACACAAACAGUUCGAAGUUUCGCAGCAUGGUCCUCCGGGAGAGCAGAAGCAAGAAAGCAUUCCUACCAUUAAUUUUGAUUCGUCGCUUGAAUCUGCUCUACCUCUUCUUGAAGAAGGACCUCCUAAUGACCCUAGCCCAAUAGCUGAACUGGGCCCAGAAGAUGUCGUCGAAAACCAACCAAAGACGUACGAGUGUCACCAACUGGUAGCAGGACACGAUACGAUUAGCGAUCCCUUGGUACUGCUUGCCGGGUGCUUGGAAGACGUAAAGUAUGAAGUGAUCAAUUUUGAGAGUCAGCCAAACAAAUUAAUUGAAGAAGAUAAAACCAAACUGCUUCAGACACUAGCAGCUGAUAAAAUGGUGACAGUGUUGAAGCUUCAUGAUGAAGAUGCAAUCGAAACCAUUAUGCCAUCAUCAAAGGAGUCUGAACCGGCACCAUCAUGUUCCAUGGCAAUGCAAGCAGAAAAGCUUCCGAUCAGUCAAUCGAACAAGCAAGCUUCCUCCUCGUCGUUCAACGGUGCCUUUAAGCUGUAUCGCUUUAUGGUAUGCGAAUGGUUUUAUAGCCACAUCGAUCGUCCACUGUUUGCCGAUGGAUACAGCAAGAAUUUGGAUUUGGGUGCACUGUUAAAAACCCAUUUUCCAACCCUUUUUACACGUUCGCUGAAUCGAGCAGAGUGGAACUAUGUCCGCAUGGGACUGCGUAAGGAAAGGCCGGUUCGUCGCUUGUCACCCACGUUCUUACUUCAGGAGCGUCUCAAUCUCGAGCGCCGCCGCGAAAAGUUGCGCUUUCUGAUGGAAAAUUCAAUGAUAGAAUAUUUGGACGACGAUAUACCGUCUACCAUUCCGAAACCGAUCGACGUUGGCAGUAAGGUUAGAAGCACAUCAUUCGUCCCACACUACGGAUCCUACUCGGGGGAGGUGGUUGGCGUAGAAAACCUGGACAUGCCAUAUUUUCGAGUACGCUUUAGCAAUACUGGGGGUGCCAGUGCCAGUGAGCAACUACUUCCAGACUAUCGCGUAGCGCUGGAGCAGUCAUUUCAAAUCACAGAUGCUUCGGAUACAGUUAUGGUAACAUUUAGGCACCUCAAACAGAUCGCUCUACUGGAAGAAAAUUUGAAUGAGAAAAUCCGUCUACUACAGGCAUUGGAAAACAUUCGACUCAACAUGGCCGCCAGACAUGUGCUGGGGACUCUCAACACGGACCAAACCCGUGAGCAAAUCGAGCGUUAUGAUCACACCGUGCGAAACUUGUUUCAGCUGAAUCGCACCUUGGUGCAACUAAUGAAGCAGGUCACCGCGGACUAUGAACAGCACGUGUCCGAACCGCUGACAGUAGAAGAUGAUAAGGAGGACAUUGUCAUAGUAGAUAGGUACGUCGUUGAGCUGUCCGAUCAGCUGCUCGCGGCAUACGCUCAGAUGGAUAACGUUCACAACAAUCCUGCUGCGAGCCAGCUUUGGCAGGACACGAUGCAACGCUUACGUAGACGUCCCGAAUAUUUGCAACAGUUCGAGACGUACCUUGCGUCCAACGUUGGAACGUUAUUUAAUGCUUACUGUACGACACAAGAGUCAAGUUAA